AUGCGAUGCGUGAGAUCCGCUGCCGUGUUAGUGAAGUUCGGUAGAUCAUUCGACAGCACCACACGGUUCGGAAAGGAGCUAGGAUUUAGUCACAAAAUGCGCGAUAUCCCCGUGCUUACAGGAAACCCACGUCCCGUUGCGCGGGAGGAGGAAUGGUCUUGUCGCUAUAAACUAACAGACCGUAUGGAAGACGUCGUUAUGGACAUCCUCAAAAAAGAAGGAUGGUGUGAGGCGGAGGUGCAGCGGGAGAUGAGUGAAAUCUUUGAGAGGAAAACACAAGGCUGCCGCUCAUCGCUAAACACGUGGACUACUGUCGAGGAAUUCCAGCGUACGCCGUGGUACCGACGCUAUAAACCAACAGACACGUGUGUGGCGAAAUACAUUUCAUACGAGGUGGUGAAGUUACUUGAGGAAGCACUCAUUCCCCCUUCACUUAGGGGCGAUCCUUAUGCUCAUCUGCGGAAGCGGCAUAUGGAGGACAACUGGAUGAAUGACAGAUUUUCAGAGGAAGCGGCGAAAUACAUCCAGCGCGAGGAUCUUAACAAACAUACAAAAGGUUUACCUCAAUAUGGGCAAAUCACUCGGCGGAAGUUCCUGGAGUUUGAUCGGCAAUUCAAGGAAUCCUAUGGAGGUAAGCAACACGUGAAUGAGGCAUACUCCGCGUGGCUGCAGUCCAUCGGCAAGGGAUGA